AUGCUCGUUGAAUUCAUACAUCACAGGAGCAGAUUCAGGAUCACCCCAAGUACGAGCUCAAUAACAUUCGACUGGUUAAUGCAUUGCUGUACGUGUGGCUCUGGAGAGGCCAUAUUUCACGACUUCUUACGUCUCCAACUGACAUGCUUGGCCGGGAUAGAGCAUCGACAUUGGAUCUAUACAACUCACUGUCCUAGCCUGUCUUUCUCGGUGAAGAAAAAGUAUAGGAGCUUUAUUCUUCGCCUAGAAUAA